CUUCGAACUCACAGAGAUUAGCCUGCCUCUGCCUCCCGAGUGCUGGGUAAAGACGUGGGCCACUAAGCUCUGCUUGAGCCCUGGGUUCUUGAACCUGCUUUGGUGAGGAUUCCUCCCCUUCCUCUGGACUGGAGUGAACCAAGAUGGGCUGGCUCUCCUCUGAUGCAAGUACUGCCUUUUUUGGGAAGGACACCUGAAUUGAGUGAGCAAUGAGUGUUAGCCUUUUCCUGAUGGGAACUGGGCUGGCCUAGUGGUAGUUCCAGGACAGUCACACUUAACUGCCUCCUCUUCCUCUGCCUCAACUAGGAUACCUUUUAAGGAUGACGUGUGGAAGGGAGAGAGGGUAUGUGAGGACGGGGACACUUGUGUGCUGAAUUUUGGAGGAAGACAUGAGUAGCCAGAGGCUCCAAGGUCCUUGCAUGUGUGUCUGUGGUACCUUUAACCCUGCCAUCUGUGUUCUGCCCUCUGGAGCAGACACACUGGCAGACAGACAGACAGACACUGCAGAAAGAAGAGUAGGUUGACUGUUAGGGGUAGGAAAGUGGGAGUGUAUUCAGAGGCCUCGGGUGGGGUGGUGCCGGUGGGCUAGGCCACUUACACUACUGUUUCCUUGAUGAAGGUCAUGUUCUCCUGUGACUGUCUGGAGCAGGGCAAGGACAUAUAGGUAGUGCUGGAGGACAACUUCCUGGAGCGUGUGAGAUGGGGUUUGAUGCUCCUCCUUGGGGGAUGGUGUACAAGAGCAGAGAUCAGAGAAGCAUUUGGCAUCCCCCCCCCCCCCCCAAGUCAGCCUCACACAUUGUUCUCUGUACCUAAGGCAUACUUGCUAGGAUGAAGUUUGCUUGCAAAUUUGAGUGGCCUUUGUGGAGGAUGUGGACUCCUGAGGGUCAUCCUAAUGGGGUAGAACCCCAGCUUGCUGCCUAGAAGAGCUGGGACCAGCCUGUUCCCAACUCACUCACCUGAGACUGUAGAUGCUUCCAGGUUUUUACACAGAGAUACUGAGGCACAGCCUGAGCAGUGAAGACCUCCUAAUAACUCAGGAGGAAUACAUGUAGACUUUAAAUAGAGACAGCAGAGGAAGGAGGAGGGGGCCUUGGGUCAGUGAGCAGGCUGCCCAGGGUGUGUGAGUCCAGAGUCCUCCUUUAGUCAUGGCCGUGAAGUGGCCAGUUACUGUCCAGCAUCAGCGAUGUCCCAGUCCUGCCCAAGACAGAGGGUGGGGCACAGGUGGCCUGAUGGCCUCUGCUCCUUCCUGGCUCUGGCUGCUGGGUGCCUGCCUGUCUUGUCUUCCUGUGGUUUGGGGAACUGUGUUUGAUGUCCAACCUUUACCAGAGACUGGAACCUCACAAGUUGACAGGUGCUCCCCAACCCUUCCCAGACUCAUCCAGGCCCUGCCGUCUGCUGCUUCCUUCCUGGAGAACUCCUAAUGUUUUAACUCCCUCACAGCUGGGCCACACUGCCAUCUUGGGCUGCUUUUGCUGUCUCCCAAGUCUGGAGUGGCACCCACACUCCUCUCUCAUACUGCCACCUUGUCUCUGGGCAGCAGCCGUGUCCAUGGAGCAAAAGGAAUGCCCGGACCCUGUGCAUCCAGACAGGGACCAGCCUCAGCACCAACAGCCAGCACGAAGAUAGCAGAGCCACCUCAGGGGUAAACCAUGAUCCCGGUGACAGAGCUCCGCUACUUUGCGGACACGCAGCCAGCAUACCGGAUCCUAAAGCCAUGGUGGGAUGUGUUCACUGACUACAUUUCCAUCGUCAUGCUGAUGAUUGCUGUCUUUGGGGGGACAUUGCAAGUCACCCAGGACAAGAUGAUCUGCCUGCCAUGUAAGUGGGUCACCAAAGACUCCUGCAAUGACUCCUUCCGGGGCUGGGCAGCCUCCAGCCCCGAGCCCACCUACCCCAACUCCACAGUGCUGCCGACCACCGACAUAGGCCCCACAGGUAUAAAGUAUGACCUAGACCGCCACCAGUACAACUACGUAGACGCCGUGUGCUACGAGAACCGUCUGCACUGGUUCGCCAAGUACUUCCCCUACCUCGUGCUCCUGCACACCCUCAUCUUCCUGGCCUGCAGCAACUUCUGGUUCAAGUUCCCACGCACCAGCUCCAAGUUGGAGCACUUUGUGUCUAUCCUGCUCAAGUGCUUCGAUUCGCCGUGGACCACAAGGGCCCUGUCAGAGACAGUGGUGGAGGAGAGUGACCCCAAGCCAGCCUUCAGCAAGAUGAAUGGUUCCAUGGACAAGAAGUCGUCGACAGUCAGCGAGGACGUGGAGGCCACUGUGCCCAUGCUGCAGCGGACCAAGUCACGGAUCGAGCAGGGCAUCGUGGACCGCUCAGAGACAGGCGUGCUGGACAAGAAGGAAGGGGAGCAGGCAAAGGCUCUGUUUGAGAAGGUGAAGAAGUUUCGGACUCACGUGGAGGAGGGGGACAUCGUGUACCGCCUCUACAUGCGGCAGACCAUCAUCAAGGUGAUCAAGUUCGUCCUCAUCAUCUGCUACACUGUCUACUAUGUGCACAACAUCAAGUUCGAUGUGGACUGCACCGUGGACAUCGAGAGCCUGACAGGUUACCGCACCUACCGCUGUGCCCACCCUCUGGCCACGCUCUUCAAGAUCUUGGCGUCCUUCUACAUCAGCUUGGUCAUCUUCUACGGGCUCAUCUGCAUGUACACACUGUGGUGGAUGCUGCGGCGUUCCCUCAAGAAGUACUCGUUUGAGUCGAUCCGAGAGGAGAGCAGCUACAGCGACAUCCCGGAUGUCAAGAACGACUUUGCUUUCAUGCUGCACCUCAUCGACCAAUACGACCCGCUUUACUCGAAGCGCUUUGCCGUCUUCCUGUCUGAAGUGAGUGAGAACAAGCUGCGGCAGCUGAACCUCAACAAUGAGUGGACGCUGGACAAGCUGCGCCAGCGUCUCACCAAGAACGCCCAGGACAAGCUGGAGCUGCACCUCUUCAUGCUGAGUGGCAUCCCCGACACUGUGUUCGACCUGGUCGAGCUGGAGGUCCUGAAGCUGGAGCUGAUCCCUGAUGUGACCAUCCCGCCCAGCAUCGCCCAGCUCACAGGCCUUAAGGAGCUGUGGCUCUACCACACAGCAGCCAAGAUCGAGGCUCCUGCUCUGGCCUUCCUGCGUGAGAACCUGCGGGCACUGCACAUCAAGUUCACCGACAUCAAGGAGAUCCCCCUGUGGAUCUACAGCCUGAAGACGCUGGAGGAGCUGCACCUGACGGGUAACCUGAGUGCCGAGAACAACCGCUAUAUCGUCAUUGAUGGGCUCCGGGAGCUCAAGCGCCUCAAGGUGCUGCGGCUCAAAAGCAACCUGAGCAAGCUCCCGCAGGUGGUCACGGAUGUGGGCGUGCACCUGCAGAAGCUUUCCAUCAACAACGAGGGCACCAAGCUCAUCGUCCUCAACAGCCUCAAGAAGAUGGUGAACCUGACGGAGCUGGAGCUGAUCCGCUGUGACCUAGAGCGCAUCCCUCACUCCAUCUUCAGCCUCCACAACCUGCAGGAGAUCGACCUCAAGGACAACAACCUCAAGACCAUCGAGGAGAUCAUCAGCUUCCAGCAUCUGCACCGCCUCACCUGCCUUAAGCUGUGGUAUAACCACAUUGCCUACAUCCCCAUCCAGAUCGGCAACCUCACCAACCUCGAGCGCCUCUACCUGAACCGCAACAAGAUCGAGAAGAUUCCCACCCAGCUCUUCUACUGCCGCAAGCUGCGCUACCUGGACCUCAGCCACAACAACCUGACCUUCCUUCCCGCUGACAUCGGCCUCCUGCAGAACCUCCAGAACCUGGCUGUCACAGCCAAUAGGAUCGAGGCACUCCCCCCGGAGCUCUUCCAGUGCCGGAAGCUGCGGGCCCUGCACCUGGGCAACAAUGUACUGCAGUCACUGCCCUCGAGAGUGGGCGAGCUGACCAACCUGACGCAGAUCGAGCUUCGGGGCAACCGGUUGGAAUGCCUACCUGUGGAGCUGGGCGAGUGCCCGCUGCUCAAACGCAGUGGGCUAGUGGUGGAGGAGGACUUGUUCAGCACGCUGCCGCCCGAGGUGAAGGAACGGCUCUGGAGAGCUGACAAGGAGCAGGCCUGAGCAUAGCCUGGAGGAGCAGCAAGGACCCUCAGCAGGCCCUCAGGCCAAGUGGGCAGUCCAGCUCUCCCGGGACUGCUGGACAGCCAGCCGGGUCCAGCCAGGCAGAGCCCAGGCCAGGCGUGAGCUGGGCCAGGGCAGAAGACAGGAAUUGAGGGGCUGGCCCCUUCCUCCCUCUGGGACUCAUACACCCAGGGCAGGCACUUGCUGGGGACCGGAAACUCUGAGACUAGUCUCAGAGUACAGUAUUUGGACAAUCAGGGUCUUUACCCUGGGGGCCAUCUCUGCCUCGGGCUGAGCUGGCACCAGAGACCCAGGGACAGUAACUUAGAGCUGGGUAUUUAUUUUUCUCCACCUCCCAUCUCCUCCCUUAAGAUAACUUAGACAUUCCCAAGACGGUGUGGCUCUGUGGGAAGUGUUUAAGCAACCUGGCAGUGUUGGCAGGCAGAGUCGGGUAAGAUGAGCCAGUGCAGGAUGGUCACCUUAGUGGCACUGGGCUAGGAUCUGACGGCAGUGCUUGUGGGAGACCAGGCCUCCAGGUGAAGGGCCAGGCCUGCGGCUUGCCCCAUCCUUUGUUUUGUUUCCUUCCUUCCUUCCUUCCUUCCUUCCUUCCUUCCUUC